GUGCUGCGCCGGCACCAGUCAGCAACUCGGCGCUCUUGCUCCGAGAGGGACCAGGUGCCUCCACCAGAGCUUCUGUCGCUCUGUAACCUGCACUGUGACCUACACUAGUCGCGGGAGCCACGCAGAGGACACCGGAACACCUUGGAAGCCGAGAAAUGGGCCAAAUCCAAGAAUGAUUGCGUAGGUCAGUGAGACACAGAAGAGGCAACUCAACAAAGCCCAUGACAUCACAGUGCACUGCUCACAAUCCCAGGAGAUGAGGGCAGCACACCUGCAGAGCAAUACAGAGUGGGGGGAACAUCCAGGAUGCACAUUCAACCAGCAGGACCCAGUGGCCUUUGAGGAUGUGGCUGUGAACUUCACCCAGGAGGAGUGGGCUUUGCUGGAUAUUUCCCAGAGGAAUCUCUACAGGGAAGUGAUGCUGGAAACUUUCAGGAACCUGACCUCUAUAGGAAAAAGUUGGAAAGACCAGAACAUUGAAUAUGAGUACCAAAACCCCAGGAGAAACUUCAGGAGUCUCAUAGAAGAUAAAGUCAAUGAAAUUAAAGAAGACAGUCAUUGUGGAGAAACUUUUACCCAGGUUCCACAAGACAGGCUGAACUUCCAGGAGAAAAAAGCUUCUUCUGAAGUAAAAUCAUGUGACAGCUUUGUGUGUGGAGAAGUUGGCAUAGGUAACUCAUCUUUUAAUAUGAACAUCAGAGGUGACAUUGGACAUAAGGCAUAUGAGUAUCAGGAAUAUGGACCGAAGCCAUCUAAGUGUCAACAACCUAAAAAAGCCUUCAGAUAUCGCCCCUCCUUUAGAACACCAGAAAGGGAUCACACUGGAGAGAAACCCUAUGCUUGUAAAGAAUGUGGAAAAACCUUUGUUUUCUAUUCAAGCAUUCAAAGACACAUGGUAAUGCACAGUGGGGAUGGACCUUAUAAAUGUAAGUUUUGCGGGAAAACCUUCCAUUGCCUCAGAUUAUAUCUUAUCCAUGAAAGAACUCACACUGGAGAGAAACCAUAUGAAUGUAAACAAUGUGGUAAAUCCUUCAGUUAUUCUGCUACCCUUCGAAUACAUAAAAGAACUCACACUGGGGAGAAGCCUUACGAAUAUCAGGAAUGUGGCAAAGCAUUUCAUAGUCCCAGAUCCUAUCGUAGACAUGAAAGGAGUCACACGGGAGAGAAGCCUUAUCAGUGUAAGGAAUGUGGGAAAGCAUUCACAUGUCCCCGUUACGUUCGUAUACAUGAAAGGAUCCACUCUAGGAAAAAACUUUAUGAAUGUAAGCAGUGUGGGAAAGCAUUAUCCUCUCUUCCAAGUUUUCAAACACACGUAAGAAUGCACUCUGGAGAAAGACCUUAUGAAUGUAAGAUAUGUGGGAAAGGCUUUUGUUCUGCCAAUUCAUUUCAAAGACAUGAAAAAAUUCACAGUGGAGAGAAACCCUAUAAAUGCAUGCAAUGUGGUAAAGCCUUCCCUCAUUCCAGUUCCCUUCGAUAUCAUGAAAGGACUCACACUGGAGAGAAACCCUAUGAGUGUAACCAAUGUGGGAAAUCCUUCAGAUCUGCCUCACACCUUCGAGUGCAUGGUAGGACUCACACUGGAGAGAAACCCUAUGAAUGUAAGGAAUGUGGGAAAGCCUUCAGAUAUGUGAAUAACCUUCAAAGUCAUGAAAGGACGCAAGCACACAUAAGAAUACACUCCGUAGAAAGACCUUAUAAAUGUAAGAUAUGUGGGAAAGGCUUUUAUUGUUCCAAAUCGUUUCAAAGACAUGAAAAAACUCACACUGGAGAGAAACUCUAUGAAUGCAAGCAAUGUUCAUUAGUUCCAGUUCCUUUCGAUAUCAUGAAAGGACUCACACUGGAAAGAGGCCAUAUAAAUGCAAGCAAUGUGGGAAAGCCUUCAGAGCUGCCUCAGUCCUUCAAAUGCAUGGUAGGAGUCACCCUGAAGAGAAACCCUGUGAGUGUAACCAAUGAGGGAAAACCUUCAGAUGUGCCCCACACCUUCGAAUGCAUGGUAGGACGCACAAUGGAGAGAAACCGUAUGAAUGGAAGGAAUGUAGGAAACCCUUCAGAUCUGCCAGGAACCGUCAAAUUCAUGAAAGGACGCAAGCACACAUAAGAAUGCACUCUGUAGAAACACCUUAUGAAUGUAAGAUAUGUGGGAAAGGCUUUUAUUCUGCCAAGUCAUUUCAAAUACAUGAAAAAUCUUACACUGGAGAGAAACUCAACGAAUGUAAGCAAUUUGGUAAAGCCUUUUUUUCUUUCACUUCCUUUCAAUAUCAUGAAAGGACUUAUACUGGAGAGAACCCCUGUGAGUAUAAGCAAUGUGGGAAAGCCUUCAUAUCUACCUCACACCUUCGAAAGCAUGGUAGGACUCACACUGGAGAGAAACCCUAUGAAUGUAAGCAAUGUGGGAAAGCCUUCAGAUCUGUCAAAAAUAUUUGAAUUCAUAAAAGGACACACUGGAGAGAAACCCUAUGAAUGUAAGCAAUGUGAGAAAGCCUUCAGAUCUGUCAAAAAUAUUUGAAUUCAUAAAAGGACACACUGGAGAGAAACCCUAUGAAUGUAAGGAAUGUGGAAAAGUGUUCCAUAAUUUCUCUUCUUUGCAAAUACAUGAAAGGAUGCACAGAGGAGAGAAGCCCUAUGAAUGUAAGCAUUGUGGGAAAGCAUUCACAUCUGCCAAGAUCCUUUGAAUACAUGCAAAACACACUGGAGAGAAACCCUAUGAAUGUGAAGAAUACAGGAAAGCAUUCAGCUUGCCUACUUCCUUUCAUAGACAUGAAAAGACUCACACUGGAAGGAAACCCUAUGAAGGUAAGCAAUGUGGCAAAGUUUUCACUUCUUCCAGUUCUCUUCAGUAUCAUGAACUCACACUAGGGAGAAACCCUAUCAAUGUAAGCAAUGUGUGAAAGCCUUUAUUUCUUCCACUUCUUUUCAAUAUCAUGAAAGGACUCACAUGGGAGAGAAACCCUAUGAGUGUAUGCAGUGUGAGAAAGCCUUCAUUUCUUCUAGUUCCCUUCGAUAUCAUGAAAGAACUCACAUUGGAGAGAAGCCCUGUGAAUGUAAGCAAUGUGGAAAGCCUUCAGAUCAGCCUCACACCUUCAAAUCCAUGGAAGGACUCACACUCGAGAGAAACCCUAUGAAUGUAAGCAGUAUGGGAAAGCAUUCAGACUUGAAAAGAUUCUUUGAAUACACCUAAUGAAUGUAAACAAUUAACUGUUUAUAAUAACUGCAUACUAACAAAUGUUAUUCUUUUUAAAUAAUUAAGAAGCUAUAAUACCCCAUUGGUGUCAUGUAUUAGAUCAACCUUAUACUGUUAAAUUGUUAUUACUUGGACAUUGUGAUUCAGUAUAACCAUGUGGAUAAAAUGCCAGGCAUCUUUUUUUUUUUGGAAAUUUUA